AUGUCAUUUAUGAUUGACCAUAUACUUUCAUCAACAAGACAAAUUGAAAAGCGUUUGUCUUUACAAGUAAUAAACUCUAAUACAAUACGACAAAAAGAACGUCAUAUACAACUAUGUUCACAUUGUAUGAAAUCAUUUGAUCGCCUAUCAUUAUUAAUUCGACAUAUUCGUAUUCAUACUAGUGAAAAACCAUAUAUAUGUGAUAUAUCGACAAAAAAUCGUAACGCGUCACCUCUAAUACCUGAAAAUAAAAAAACCGAGUUGUAA